CGGUUGGCGGUGGUGACUGCUAGGAAAGCAAGCGAGCGAACAAGCGAGCAAGCGAGCAAGCAAGCAGGCCGAGACUGCCCUUCUGUCUCCCCCACCCCAAGCAUGCCUCGCAGAGCCCAUGGCCUCCGUACAUACGGAGGAGAGUGAGGCAGCCCCAGCCGCUCCUCACGUCAUCCGCUGAGAGAGAGACGACGGGUCUCGACACGGCGAGGAGCAAUAAUUCUAACGAGCCAAGAUGGCGGCGGACACGGUGGCCCUGUCCGCGCUCACGCUCGCCAGGGGCGACAAGAUCCUCGUGACCGUCGAGUCCGCGCUACCGGACAUCAUCGUCGUGUCCUUCGUUCACGGUGCCAAGUGCUUCCAGGGCGCAUUGCUCGAUGCCACCAAGAGAGGCCUACCGUGCGGCGUACAACCCCCUGAACCAGUACCGGAUCCUGAUGGGGACAAAUUGGCGACAAUCGCGGCCCGAUUCAGCUAUUUCCAAGAGAGGAAGAGCACGUUGACCGCUGCGAAAGUCGAUCUUCGUAGGAACAUCAAUCCACCGGCCAGGUACAAGAAUGCGCGGCCAACGGUCAGGUUGAGGCCGCGCCAGGUGCUUUGCAGCAAGUGUAGAUCGAUCUGCAACGAGAACAGUGAGAAUGUGGAUGUCAGCAGAAAACGGAAACACGACGAGAUUCAGCAGGAACAACAGCAGCCUCAGCAGCAGCAGGUCACGGGCCAUGGAUCCACUCGAAGAAGCGAUCGACGUUGCGGUCAGCAGCCGCAAAAAGCUUCGAGAGUACUGUUCUCCGAGUGUCAGACCGAGAACAUUACGGUGUCAUCUCACCAAACGGCCAAAUCCUCGUCAUCCACAGCUCUCAGUCCCGAUUCGUCGAAGCUUGGACCAUCUCUCAUCCCUAAAAUUUCGAGACUGCAACCGAACGAGAUCAACAACGCCAUACAAGCAAACGAAAAGGUUAAAAUUAGUCCAUCCUAUUGGAACAAUAGAGUUGAUGAGGGCGAUUCAUCGGCUAACGCCACGGAACCAACGGAGGAGCGGAUGGAAUCGACAGAUUGUGACAGCAAUCCAUCAAUGGCGUACUGCGCCACACCCAGGAGACUUAGUAGUUCGUCGGUGGAAAGCGCUAAAAUACCGGAAGAAGAGGAGAAAAAAACAUUCGCGGCAGCUGAUUCGACGAUGAGGCUGAGAACGGGUCGUAUACCUCGAAAGAAACGGUCUGUAGGAUCUAUGGAAGAUUUAUGGGACGAGACCGUAUUUGAAGACCCAACGAGAACAGCGAGAACCACUCCAGUGAUUAAGAUCUCUUUCGGUGCUCAAGGCGAGGGAACCGUUCUGAAGAUACCUUCCAAAAUCCAGGAUCCGGAAUAUGAGCAAGAAACUGAUGAUGCUGAGGAUGUGCAGACGGAAACGGAGAGAGAUCCACUAGAAUUGCCGAGAAAUUUUGAUAAUGAUUAUGAUUAUCGCGAAGAUGGAGAAGAAGAUGGACAAGAGCAAGUGGAUCCUCAGAAGCAAGGUGUAAAGGACGCAAGUGCUAAAGCUGCGAAACGUGCACUGAAGAAAGCUAAGAAAGAAGCCAGAAGGAAAAUGCUCGGUGGUGUUUCGCCUGCGAGAUCUCCUUGCAAUGGAUCACCAAGAUAUAAUCCUACAUAUGAUACGCUAUCAUACCACCGUCGCAAACAUAAAGUGAAACAUAAAAAAAAACACAAGGAAGACCGCAAACACAAGAGCCAACAAUCGCAGCAUCAACAGCAAACAUGCUUGGAACCUGGAAGUACUGAGAAUCAACAAAAUUGGAAUGUUCUUCCUGGUAGCGAAUCGUACACAGCCAUAAAGGAGCAGUGCCUGAAGCAAAAAUUAUCAAUAUCUCUGAAGAGAUUGAAUACAAACGCUUAUGCUAGAUGUGAUUAUCCUGUGAGUAAUUCUUCGUCGGGUUGUAAAAGUCCUGGUGCCAGUAGUGAUGAACUAAGUGAACAGGAACCUGAAGUCGAUGCCGGCGAGAUUGCUCCAGAUUUUCCGCCACAGUCUCAUCCUUUGAUGAUGCGUCUUGCCGCGACUCCUGUGGAACAUUGUCUUACUGCUAAUGGUAGAAGAAUGGAUGUUGGUGAUGUAGUGUGGGGAAAGAUUCAUGGAUUUCCUUGGUGGCCUGGAAAAGUCCUUAGUAUCACAGUUUCUUGUAAAGAGGAUGGUACAUCAUCUGGGCCACAAGCUCAUGUCGCCUGGUAUGGUUCUUCAACUAGUUCUCUUAUGUCGUGUGACCAGUUAAGUCCAUUUUUAGAAACAUUCAAGACGCGGUACAAUAAAAAGAAAAGAGGUCCAUAUAAGGAGGCGAUACGACAAGCGCAGAACGAGGCCCGAAGUCAGAUCACGCCUAACUCAACAAGCAACGUGUUAAACGUGUGUAGUUCACCGCGCGAGGUCAACGUUCUCUCCUAAGGGAAUAGCGCUCGACACCAUUCCUUUAACUGCCGGGUAUCUGUCGGAGAAUAGUUCUAACGACGGAUCAAAAUCGUCAUGUGUAAUAUAUAAAACAAAUUUUUGUACAUAAUUGACCUUAGCAUUAAUGGAAUAGCUCUUGAUCGGUGUUCUAAUUCAGUUCAGUCGCGCCUGCUAUUGUCGUCCACGUUAAAUAUGAUUGAACCAACAGUGAUACCGAUGCUAAAUGAAGUUUACUGCCAUCACUGGCGCGUUUUUUUUUCUAUCCUCAGCUUUUUUCAAGCGACACAUUUAGCGCAUAAAAUAUAUUUAGAUAGGAUAUAAUCUCUAGAGAUGACACGUCAGCUCUCGAGAAAUAAUUUCGUGUUAAAAUAUAUGACUUCUAUUUGAUAAAUAGACAUCAGACAACACACAUAAUAUUAUUACACAAGAACAUUAAAAACACGGGUGUCCUCAUGAUGAUUUAAUGAUGCUCGUUUACUUAAAUUUCUUCAUAUAUAUAUAUAUAUAUAUAUAUAUAUGCAUAUAUAUGUGCAUGCGUAUAUAUUUCUAUUAAUGAUUUCAUUGUGAUUAUUAUGUCGAGAAUAAGUGUAGUAUACAUCCAGUGCGGGCAGUGAAUCUUCGAUAAAGUCCGCAGAUGUUUCUAAAAUCGGUUUUGACUCAAUUCAUUGCUUGUUUAUAAUUCAGAAAUUUGAGUACAUGGACAAUACACUUUCGACAAGUGAAUUUAAGUCACGAUAUUUUUAACGUGAAGAAUCGCUGAAUGUUUGUGGAACUUUAACCGAGGAUAAGACUUAAAUUGUAAAAUGAACAGCUUCACAUUUUACAUGAUUGAAUAUAUAGAUUGAUUCCUAAUUGGAACAUACUACAAUUUUUUUUUAAGCAAAAAUGAAAAAAGUUAGAAACAUUUCUAAUAUAAUUUAGAUAUUAUGAAAAAACAUCAGGAAUUUAAUUAAAAAAUAGAUACUUUAUAAAUUGCUUUUUUCCUACAUGUCAAAGAUCUGGCAAAAAUAUAAUUUUAUAUUCUUCAUAAGAAAUUCUUUAUGUUUAUACCUGAAAAUGGUGUAGUGUGUUCAAAUUAAUAUAUUAUAUAUACUAAGAAAAUAAUCGACAUACAGAAUUCUUUGCAGUGUUUCGUAUCUUGCAUUUUUUGUUAUCUAAUAAAGUGAAGUUAAGCGCGUGACAGUGAAAUACAAAUAUAACAUCGGAGAUUAUAACAAUUAAAAUAUUUUUCAGCUCUAAACUUAAUAAAAUAUAAUAUCUUAGAAAAUAAUUAAAUACACUGAAUAAUUAACUAAACAAUUAUAUUUUUUAUUAUUUGGAGCAAUAUUUUUUUUUUUAAAUUAUAAUCUAUCUCUUCUUAAGAGUACUCAAAACAAUUGAAUUGAAUAAUUUGA